CCUGUGGUAGACAUGCAAUGAUCAGUGAGUGCUGAGCUGCUUAUAUUUGGUUCAGUUAUGAUGGGUGAUCAGACCCAGCACCCUGUUUUCUUUGAGUGUGAGAGACUUAAAGAAGGACAUUUGACGAGAUUACAAAAAUACUUCGGUAUUCACCGCAAAUCAGGCGGAGGAGAGUGCGGCCCGGUGACGAGAGUGGACGAAAACGUCUACAGUGUGGUUUUCCGAAAUAAAAAAGAUCAGCAGCGAGUACUUCAGAGAUCAGAGCAUGUUUUGGAGCUUGAAGAUCGUUGCUCGGUGAUCUUUGUCCGAGAAAGUUUGGAAAAUGACACCUCUCACCUCACCACCCCCACUUCUGCUCUAGCAGAGGCACAGACUCCUGAGAACAUUCCCGCCUCGUCUCUUCCACCAAGCGAUGAAGAGUAUGAACUACACGUUGAUAAUUAUCUCCUUCGUUACCUGAAAGAAUGUCCACAUGCUCAGCAAGAACUUGAGAACAUGCUUGCCUGUUUAGCCUGCUCUGCUGAUCUUUACUGUGAGGAGGGGAGAGUUUUAGUCAGGAGACGGAGUUGCAGUCCAGGUGAGAUAGUUCUUCGAAUGGGCAUCAACACAAUCCUAUCUUCUUGUGAGAAGAAAGGAUUCAGAUCUGUUGCUCUUCCCGUCCUCGGUGCUGGGAUGGCCCUGCAAUUUCCUGUCAGUGUAGUGGAGAGAGUGUUAAUGGAGGAAGUUUAUGUAUUUCAAGAGGAGCGGGUGGGAAUCACACCAUUCCUGAUCCACAUCGUCAUUCAAUCUAAUGAUGAGGAGAGACACGAGGCAUCUGAUGUUGUCCAAACUGACAAAUUCACUCAAAAAGUCCGAGAUCCAGAUUCAACAACGAUGAGGUUGGUCCUGCUGGGAAAAACUGGAGCUGGGAAAAGUCACCUGGGGAACACCAUUCUUGGAGAGGAGCUCUUUGCCACUUAUGACUCUCCAAACUCUGGAACAAUGAAAUGCCAAACAGAAACCAAAACA